UUCACAUCAAUGCUUUCUGAACACGAGUUUGGCUUUGAGAGGACUCCCCAGACGACUUGCUAAUACUAAGACCCCCGGGAGCACCAACCCGAUACUUUGUCUUUCUGUUCGCCACUCUUGUACUUGUUGAAAGACUUUUGUGUGAAAUCAGAGUAGACGCGAACAGGUCCGCUGACGUCACUCUUUAACAGGUCGGUCAACUUCUGCCCAACCAGUUUGACGGCAGCACUGCGUGAGGGAAGUGAAGCGUUGCGGUGGCGCUGUGGAUAAUGCUAAUUUCCUGACUCAACUAAAGUCUUGAAUAUGUUUCGCAAAGAAAAGCACUCAGCACCCACUGUUCCCUCACUUCCACCGAGAUUGCCCACAGUUCCAUCACUUCCACCGAGGCUCAACGAACAGGAUCUGGACAAUCCAAUCACACACAGCACUGAAGUACAAGACUCAGGCGGAACCCAGCAGAACCCUGGUAUGCUUAAAGGAGUCAUGCAGAAGGUAAACCCAUUCAAGUCUUCCUCUCAAGUCCCUGAAACUGGAGUGUCUGAGUCAUCGGGACAGCACCCGGGAAUGUUUACAGGGAUGUUCCAGAAAGUCAAUCCAUUCAAGUCUUCAACACAGGCACCAAAGCAUGAGCCUCAGGAUGCAGAGCCCCAAGAGCCCAGAGAUGAAAAAGAGAAACCAGGAUUGAUGGCAGGUGUAUUACAUAAAGUCAAUCCAUUCAAGUCUUCAACACAGACACCAAAGCAUGAGCCUCAGGAUGUAGAGCCCCAAGAGCCCAGAGAUGAAUUCAAGGAAAAAGAGGUACCGAAACCAGGAAUGAUGGCAAGUGUAUUCAAAGUCAAUCCAUUCAAGUCUUCAACACAGACACCAAAGCAUGAGCCUCAGGAUGCAGAGCCCAGAGAUGAAAUCAAUGAAAAAGAGAAACCAGGAAUGAUGUCAGGUGUAUUACUUAAAGUCAAUCCAUUCAAAUACUCGCAGCCAAAGGACACGCAGCCUCUCCAGCGUGACGUCUCAUCCAGUGAAGAAAGCCUGGUUGAUAACAACAACUUGCCUAAAAUGCCGGUAAAGUUAUUUAGAAGAUUGUGGUGGUUAUCUCUGUUAACAUUGAGGUGCGUUCAUCUAUUGUCCCUGUUGCUUGGCAACAUAACAAUUGUCACAUGGCGUUUUGUCUUUUUAGAUUUCAAGAUUAGGAGUGAAAGAAAGUAAAAUGCUUUUAGACAAUCUUGUCCUAGGCAAAACAAUUAAGACUAUUUAACAUUACAUCUUCAUUGCUAAAAUGUAUUUAACUUAAUGUUCCUAUUCAGCAGCAAGGAGAUGGGCUCCAGCAGCCCCCGCCACCCCGAGAGGUUCAAUGAAUAGAAAAUGAAUCGAUGGAUAAAGCAGGAUUAGCUUUACCAUUUCUACAAAAUGUUUUGACACCCAAUUCAAAAAGAGCUCAUUCAUUUUUUUUUUUC